AUGGCAGCCAUGGAAGGCGUGGUACAGAACCAACUUCCUCAGCCCCAACAGCAACAACCACCGCAACCCAUGGCGGUAGAGAGGCUUAAUGACGCCGUGCAGCAACAGCUGAACCUAGAGUCCGUCAAGACCCGAGCCAUCAGCCUCUUCAAAGCUAUCUCUCGCAUUCUCGACGACCUCAACGCCUACGCUUACGCCAACACAACUCCCAAAUGGCAAGACAUCUUGAGCCAAUACUCCAUGGUCAAUCUCGAGCUCUUCAAUAUCGUCGAUGAAAUCAAGAAGGUCUCCAAGGCCUUCGUGGUUCAUCCCAAGAAUGUGAACGCUGAAAACUCUACAGUGUUACCCGUGAUGCUGUCCUCGAAGCUAUUGCCUGAGAUGGAGGUUGAAGACAAUGCCAAGAGAGAGCAAUUGCUUCAUGGUUUGCAGAGCCUCCCCAUAGGUUCGCAAAUUGAGAAGCUGAAGGCAAGGAUUGAUAUGAUUGGAGCAGCUUGUGAAAGUGCUGAGAAAGUAUUGGCUGAUACUCGUAAAGCUUACUGCUUUGGAACUCGUCAAGGCAUACCUAUUGUUCCUACUCUGGACAAGGCUCAGGCUGCCAAAAUUCAAGAGCAAGAAAAUCUUCUCCGUGCUGCUGUUAAUUUUGGCGAAGGAUUAAGGUUACCUGUAGACCAAAGACAGAAUACAACUGCACUUCCAAUGCAUCUGGUAGAUGUGCUCACUGUUGGUGAUGGAGCUCAGCCUUUUGCCGAAACCUCUGGUAUGUACUUAAAGAAUACCCCUGUAUCAUCAAGUAACUUGACUGCUCAGAGCCCCUUGAUGCAGGUUUCUGGAUCACAACUAAUGGGAAGACCGGCUGCAUCUCCUGGUGGUACCAGUGUUUCAAACUUUGAUAACACAACGACAUCUCCACUGCCGUAUGCCAACUCACCAAGGUCUAGCACAAACAUGAUGAAUACGCCAUCCCCUCAACAACAAAGCCAACAACAGAAGCAACAACAACAGCAGCAACAGCAGCAAAAAUUGAUGCAAUUACCUCAGCAUCAGCAGCAGCAACUCCUUGCUCAGCAACAAUUUAGGCAAUCUGCAAUGCAAGGACUAGGGCAAAACCAACUGCAACAGCUGCAUGAUUUGCAGGGCCAGCCGCAGAAGUUUCAGUCGUUACACGGACAACAUCAAAUGCAAUUUUCUCAGCCUCUGGGGCACCAGCAAUUUCAGGGUAGGCAGUUGCCUUCUGGACACGUUCAACAUGGCAUUGGUCAAAACCAACUUAAUCCAGGAAAUCAAAUGAAUCGUCAUCUUGGCCAGUUUUCUGGCACUGCAAAUAGUGCACUAUUUAAUGCUGCUCAGACGACACCGAGUCAAAUGAUACCAAACAUUUCGGCCACUAUGCCCUCACAAUCACUUCUGCCUCGAAUGCAGUUUGAAUUGUCUGGUAACAAUCCCCAGAGGAGCCAUGCUUCCCAAAUGUUGAGUGAUCAGAUGUUUAACAUGGGAGCAGCAAAUACUGGUGGUAUGAUGCCUCUACAGCAGCAGCAGCAGCAGCAGCAGCAGCAGCAACAGCAGCAUGGUUCGCAAGGUGCAUUCGGAAACAUUCCACCAAAUGCUCAGAAUCUUCAGCCUAAUAUGGUAGCACUUCAGGGUACACCACAGAAUCAUCCCAAUUUUGGUCAACAGAGACAGCAAAAUCAGCAAUAA